UCACGACGUGACCUUGGCAUUCACCGAGUACACCCGCAAAUACACGAACUCAAAUCUUCCGAGUUCCUUCAAAGUACCUAUGGCCUCUCUACGAUUAAUAACCUCUGCUGCACGGCGAGCACCUUCGACCUUUACCUCGGCGAGACGCGGAUAUGCAGAAGCUACUGAUAAAAUCAAGCUCUCUAUGGCUUUGCCUCACCAGUCCAUCUUUUCUUCCACAGACGUAGUUCAGGUUAACAUUUGUGCUGCUACUGGUGACAUGGGUAUCUUGGCCAACCACGUCCCUUCUAUUGAGCCGUUACGUCCGGGGGUUGUCGAAGUAGUAGAGUCCAGCGGGUCCAAGAAGUGGUUCAUCUCUGGUGGAUUUGCGACUGUACAUCCAAACAACAAGCUCACUAUCAAUGCUGUAGAGGCAGCGCCUCUGGACGCUUUCUCACCCGAGGCUGUCCGCACAAAUUUGCAAGAAGCGUCGCGAGUGGCAAAUGGCAACGGAAGUGAAGAAGACAAGAUGGAAGCACGUAUAGAAGCAGAUGUGUAUGAGUCGCUACAGCAUGCGCUCGGCUCAAAAUAAUAGCGGGUGCACAUAGCCUGUUGCGUUUCUAGUUUGAGUGGGAAUAUACACACUUUUGAGAGUUGCAAUACUCUUCCUCAAUGAAAGCUCUUUGCAUGAAGUUGAGAUCUUGAGACUUAUCCCCCC